CCUUCCCCUUUUGCAAUUGGAAGAGAGAGGCCACCUCCCUCCCCUGCCUCAUUGGUAUGCAGGCGAUGCAGUGUGUGUAUGAGGAGAGGGAAGAGAGAGAGAGAGAGAGGUAGCAGUCAGUGCAAUGGGAUAGAGGAGAGCGAGGAGGAGGAGGAGGAGAGUGAAUGAGAGCUGCUGGAUCUGCCUUGCCUGCGUGCCUGCUUGUCGUCUGCUGAAGCUGGGUUUACCGCCGCGCCACGCUGCACUGGCACAGAGCAGAGUCACGGCCCAUUUGCACACCGUCCGCACACUCAGCACCAACACGGAGCCACACAGCACCGGUUCUUACUCCAGCGAGUACCACCAGCAAGGAAAACCCAGGACCGAGCUGACCAGGUUUUCUCCAUCAUCAAGGGGUACGCAGCAGCAACGAAGGGGCCUGACGCUACAAUUUAGGCACCAGCUGCUACCUCAACCAAAUCCCCCUCCACCUUAUCCCAUCCUUACCAACACCACCACCACUCCUCUCUUGCUCCUCCCUAUGCCCUUGUCCUCGGCGGCUCCUCUCACCUCCCUGGCCAGUAUAUGGAUAGAAGCUCCCUGUUUCAGCUCAUACAAGAGCAGCUGGACCCAGAAAACACCGGUUUCAUCGCAGUGGAGAACUUCACCAGCUUGGUGGAGCACCAUGAGCUGCAGCUGGACCCGUCCAAGCUGGACAUGCUGUUAGCUCUGGUCCAGAGCAAUGAAGAGGGACAGGUGUGCUACCAGGAGCUCAUCGAGCUGAUGAGCAGUAAGCGCUCCAGCAGUUUCCGACGGGCCAUCGCCAAUGGCCGCCGCACGCUGCAGAGGGAGAUCCUGCUGGAUGAGACGGGGCUGGGUCUGUACAAACGUUUUGUUCGUUAUGUAGCCUACGAGAUCCUGCCCUGCGAGACGGACCGACGCUGGUACUUCCAUCAGAACCGGCUGUGUCCCCCGCCUGUCUUUAUCGCCAUCGUCACCAUCGUGCAGAUUAUCGUGUUCAUGUGCUACGGCAUCAUGCUAAACAAGUGGGUGCUGCAGACCUAUCAGCCUGACUUCAUGAAGAGCCCCUUGGUCUACCAUCCCGGCCACCGUGCACAAGUGUGGCGCUUCUUCAGCUACAUGUUCAUGCACGUCGGUUUGGAGCAGCUGGGGUUCAACGCUUUACUGCAGCUGAUGAUUGGCGUUCCCUUGGAGAUGGUCCAUGGCAUCUUACGAAUAAGUCUCCUUUACAUGGCAGGAGUGCUGGCCGGUUCACUGACAGUGUCCAUCACCGACAUGCGUGCUCCAGUGGUGGGGGGCUCCGGCGGGGUCUACGCUCUGUGCUCAGCACAUCUGGCCAACGUCGUCAUGAACUGGGCCGGGAUGCGCUGUCCGUACAAGCUGCUCCGCAUGAUCCUGGCGCUAGUUUGCAUGAGUUCGGAGGUGGGCCGCGCAGUCUGGCUCCGCUUCUCACCGCCGCUACCCUCCUCGGGGCCCCAGCCCAGCUUCAUGGCGCACCUCUCGGGGGCCGUGGUCGGCAUCAGCAUGGGGCUGCUGAUUUUACGCAGCUAUGAGGAGAGCCUGCAGAAGCAAUGCUCCUGGUGGGUCAUCAUCUUCUCCUUCAUCACCUUCCUUCUCUUCGCCAUCUUCUGGAACAUCUUUGCAUAUGAGCUGCUGGGGGUGCAGAUACCUCCUCCUCCCUGAUGAAGCCUCCCCCCCCUCCUCCCACCCUCUCUCCUCCACAUACACACUGACUCCAACCCAACCCUGAAAAAGCCCUCGAUCAUAGUUAACUUUACCAUUUCCUUUCAAGUUAGACCCAAAUGAAAUGAUAUGAAAUCAUUCAAAACUAAAGUCGACCAAGAAUCCUUUUUUACAGAUACUUUGCAAAUCAAAGAAAUACGUCUCUUUUAUUAAAGAGGGAUUACAGUAGCAACAAGUACAGGUGAAAAGUUCCUCAGAUCCAUUUGAGGAGCAUUAUAUCUUUUUAUAUACAACACGUCGAAAACUCAUCCACAUUACCAGCUCGAACCUUUCAGUCUUGUGCUCUUUUUUUUUCAGAGGCUUUAUGAAAAGCCUCAUCAGUCAUUUCUUUCAGUCAUACAGUCAAAGACCUCAAGUAGGAAAAAUCGGAGUUCGGGAUAUGUGCCUCUGGUGAAAAAGGAAACGCGGGCAGGGAUAGCGAGGAGAAAAGUAGGAGUAUGUGCUGUGGCGGUCACAAUGCUGGCAAAAUGCUCAAAAGCACAGUCGCAUUAUGUAAUACUAAGAGAAAUUUUAUGUCUUUCUGAAAGGUCAGAAAUCAGGAUUAGCUGCAGCAGCGCCCCUGGAGCUGAUAGGGAUUCAGUGUUUUGCUCAAAGGCACUUGAGUAGAGUGUUGGCUUUGAGUCUGGAUUCUUCUUCUCUGGCACAAACUAGAGCUGCAGGCAGUAAUAAAAACUAAAAAAAAAAUCUUUAAAGAACCAAGGAAAUAUGACUCGUGAUAUGAAUUUCUUGUUUUCACAGCCCUGCUGUAACUCACAGGGGUCACUGUGGCUUUUCGCAAAGUUGCUGGCUUUAAUUGAAACACAAGAAACAAGUAACAGAACAUUUUCUUCAACACCAGCUGGCGAGUAGGACCUCCAGCGUCAGUCAAAAUCCUUUGCCCCAAAGUGCAAGCGCAUUAAUAAACCCUUUCCCAGAGCGGUUUCAGGAAGAAUUGAGGGAAAAGUUUUAAAUGCAAGAUUUCAGGCAAAUUUCAAGUGGAUUUUUUUUAUCUUUUGUCAGAUUAGAGGCAUCACUGUCAUUUUUACUUCAUGGGGUCUUUAAAAAUAGGCUUUCUAUAUUAUUUUCAUGACAUUUUACCUACACUGUGGAUACAGACAAGAGCAUAGUUCACACAACACAGACAAAAACGUGCAGAUGGGAAAUGAGAGUUACCGUGUCACAGGGGAGAAAGAAAAAGAAGAUGAAGAAGUUUGUGAGAAAAUGAAAGCUGAAGACGUUGUUUCCUGGAUGCUCAUCACUUCAGCGAGCAAACUCCUCCUGUUACUGUGUCAAAACGCUAAACACUGACUUGCUAGACGCACCAUGUAAAAUAUGCCAUAUCAUGCUCUGUGGCUCUCAGCGAGACGAGAACACACACAAACACACACAGACACACACACACUGACACACACACAUCUCCUUUUUCGUCUUUGAGAGCGGCCACUGCCUGAUUCUGUAGGUCAACGUGGACAAACUAUAGUAAAGAAGAUCACAAAUACACACAAACACACACAAACACACUGGCCUCUGCGUGUUCUCGCACUGACAGACUGAACUGGGGAGGGCGCGGAUGUGUCAUCACAUGACCUCUGACCUUCGUGUCCCAGAGGGCAUUGGGGUCUCUCAGUCAGGCCCGGUCUAUACCUCAGUUUAUCAUUCUUAGGGACUGUAUACUUUUGUAAAGGAAUGUACCUAUAAAGAAAAAAAAAAGAGUGUUA